AUGGCAUCUGAUAUGAAGGCUUCGAUCCACCGCUUCCGCCUCCGCAGGGUGUCUCCAUCCCCGAGAGAUGCCGGUCGGGCCCGGUCCGCUUCACCUCCAGUGUCUCCUGAUAAGCGGCUGCAGGAGGCACCCCAGCGAGAUGCGCAACUUCGCCGACAGGAUGGACAGCAGCAGCAGCAGCCGAGACAGCCUCCACCAACGGGUCGGGGCUCGGGAGGGAGACCCAUAGCUCCGGCCUGUGAUCGCUGUCGCAGUUUCAAGAAGAAGUGCAGUCGCACCUAUCCCGUGUGCUCACUCUGCGCCAGCGCCGGUCAGAGAUGCUCUUACACUAGCCCUAUUGCCAACGCGGAGGCGCAGGCCCACCAGCUUCGCUCGCGUGUGCAAUGGCUUAGUCGCUACAUCGACGAGAACCUGCUCCCGCCAGGUCAGCAGGGUGGGAUAGAUACCAUCGAAACUGGAGUCGAUCUAGGCCCCGUGCUCAGCGGUGGGCAACGGAACGGCGUGGGGCCUCCCGCAACCUCGGGCGCAGCAUCGUCACCCCUUUCAAGGGUUCCGGGUCCGGCGACCCCUCCGUUGGAUACCACCGGACCUCUCCCGUUGAUCCGUGGGCGUGACCACCCCAUGACCGGGCAGCAGAGCAGUGACGUGCGGAUAGAGGACAGAGACCCGGGCACCGUGAGAACCACGAGCAGCCAUCUCUCCUACCAAGCCUCGAGUGACGGCUCUGUCACCAGACGGCGCUUAAUCGCUCGACAAGCCCUUCCUCCCGAUAUUGCGCCAAGUCGCUUCGUGGAUGCCUUCUUUCGCCAUGUUAACCGAGCGUAUCCUUUUGUGGAUCAGGUCAAGAUACGUCGUGACCUCGAGUCCCUAGGAGAUGCUUCUCCUGCGGACCAAGAUCCUCCCAUGACGUUGCUGUAUCUUGUCAUGGCCAUCGGAUGUACAUCUCUAGUACGGGCAGGACAGAUACCGAGCGACACGGCCAAGCGAUUUGAUGUAGUCUAUCCAGACAUCAUCCAGGAGUGUCUUUGCAAUGAGGGCGUCGAGUCGGUACAGAUCCUCGUUCUCUUGGGACUAUACUCCCUUUUUGACCCCACAGCGACCUCCGCAUACUUUAUCGUCGGCAUCGCUGCUCGUCAGGCUAUGGUCAUUGGGUUGACGAGGCCAGACGACCAACCUCGUACACCGGCCGAGACGGAACUCAGGCAUCGACUAUACUGGAGCAUCUUCGUUCUAGAUCGCAUGAUGGCUGCAUCACAAGGCCUCCCAGUGGCAUUGACGGAUGAGCACGCCAGCGUUCCGCUCCCAGGGCUCACGGUUGAGGAGUUUGCGAGUACGGAUAGAGCCGUAUAUGCUCGAAACCUGCAGACAAGCCGGCAUGUCAUACAACUUCGGCAACUAGAGUAUCGGAUUCUUCACGCAGUACAUCUGCAACGAACCGCAGAGACUGCAGGUAUCUCGUCUUUAGAUCGACGCGCAGUGCUAAGCAGCUUGAGGUCAGAGAUCGAGGAUUGGUACAGCAACGGGUGCCUUAUGUCGCCAAUGGAGGCCGACAACCUACCUAUUCACAGCAGUGUCACCUGGUUGAGCGCACAGUAUUAUCACUUACUCGUUCUCCUUUACUUCCCCAACCACUUCAACAGUGCCGCAGCGGCGGUGCCUCGGUCAGAACUGCUCGAGUUUGCUCGAAAGCAGCUCCAGGCCAACUCUGCUCUCCUGCAGCAACGACAGCUACCACUGAACCGGGUGUCACUGUGCAGGUUGCUACCCGUGUGUCUGGUGCUGAUGCACGACUUUGUGGCAUCAUACGGCUCAAGCGAUUGGGGAGCACAAGGACCGGCACCGUUCGCGGCCAGGGACGAAGUAGCUGUCCUAAUCACAAUCCUAGAAGCAUUCCCGAAAGGAUGGACGGUAGCACACGAGGCAGCUCGCAUAAUCCAGCAGUUUGCGGGGGUAAUGACAGGACACGGAAGUAUGGCGACUGCGUACUUUGGUACACAAACAGUAUUCCCAGCGACGGGCAAGGAGAGCGUUGAAGAGCUGGUGAGGCCUUGCAUCACGAGUUUCACGGGACUAUUGCACCAGUUCCUGGGAAAGGCGACAUGCUUCCAGGCGAUCGAGUAUGCUGCUGAAACGAAGGAUAUUGAAAAGAUUGGGCAAGUUGGAGCCGCGGCGCAGCAAGCCACGACGAAUUCGCUGUGGUUGAAUGGAACGGAGUCAAACGCCGGGGGCGUGAACGAGGAGGCUGUGCUCGGGUAUGGAUGGGGUUCCUGGGAUCUCGAUUUCCUUUGA